AUGGAGAAUCUGCCUCAAGAUGCUGAUGCCCAAGGAGGAAUCAGAGCACCACCAGUGGAGAAUAACAACUUCGAGAUCAAGUCAGGACUGCUCAACACCAUAGAGAACAACAAGUAUCAUGGUCUUGCUGCUGAAGACCCUUUUGAUCACUUGUACAAGUUUGAUAAGUAUUAUGGCUUGUUCAAGACAAAUGGUGUUUCUGAAGAUGCCUUCAAGCUCAAGAUGUUCCCCUUUUCUUUGGGAGACAAAGCACACCAAUGGGAGAAGACUCUUCCAAGUGACUCUAUCACAGCUUGGAAUGAGUGCAAGAGGGCUUUCCUAGAGAAGUUCUUCUCUAUCUCAAGGACGGCCAAGAUCAGGAAUGAGAUCUCUAACUUUCAGCAGAAGAACCUAGAGGGCUUUAGUGAAGCUUGGGAGAGGUUCAAGGGCUAUUGGUCUCAAUGCCCACAUCAUGGCUUCACCAAGGAGAGUUUCCUUAGUACCUUUUACAGAGGUGCUCUUCCAGAGUUCAGGAGCAGAUUAGACACAGCCAGCAAUGGUUUCUUCUUGGGUAAAACUGAAGAGGAUGCAGAGGAGCUGGUGGAGAACAUGGCUAAGAGUGACUCAGUCUACAGUGAGGAGUAUGAUAGAAGCAACAGAGGUGAUGAUCAGCACACCAGGAAAGAGCUGAAGUCUCUCCAAGCCAAGUUGGAUCUACUUCUUGCAGAAAAGUGGAUGAACUUUGUUGGUGACCAGAAACAAGAGGCACCUCCAGUGAUCAAUGAGGUUGAUGGUUUAGAAGGCCAAGAGGAGUUGUGCUUCAUCAAUGCUAAUGGCACAUGGUACAAGAAAGAGCCCAACUUUCAGUACCAAAACAACUACCAGCAAAGGCCACUCUACAACAAUCAGCAAGGAGGUUACCAAGCCAACCAGUCUCCUCAGACUCAAGGAAGCUCUUCUCAAGUUCAAGCUCCAGAUUCAAGUGUGGAUUCUAUGUUCAAGCAACUCUUGGAAUUUCAGGCCAGAAAUGAGAAGACCAUGAUUUAUGAGUUCAAGAACAUCCAUGCAAAGAUUGAUGGAAACUAUUCUGACCUCAACAACAAGUACAUGCAACUUGCCUCUCAUCUCAAGGCUUUGGAGAGUCAAGUUGCUUCUAUGCCUUCAUCCUCCAAGCAGCCAAUGGCGUCUCUACCAGGGAAACCAGAAAAGAACCCCAAGGAGUCUUGCAAUGUUGUCUUCUCCACUACUUCUCCAGAGAUUGAGCUGAGUGAUCAUGAGAAAGAAGAGGAUGAGAAUGAAAGACUGGUAUUUGGAACUGAGUUUGGGGAAGUUGAGAGAUUUGUUGUGGCAACAGCUGAAGCACAGAUUGUGAAGGACGCUGCUAGGAAGGUUGAAGCAACGAAUCUGCAAAGAGCUGAGCACAAGGCUGAGAAACAAGUUGAGAAGAGAGCUGACAACAAGCUGAAAAAGGUUAAGCUAGAGGAAGCCACUGAGGUUGAGCUAUCACCCUAUGAUAAGCUUCCUUUCCCCCAAAGAGUUCUCACCAAAGCUCAGAAGAAGGUGCUCUCCAAGUUCAGGAAAGAUCUUAGUGAUGUUGGGGUCAGGCUUCCAGAAAUCUCGGGUAUGCGUGAAGCUCAUGUCCAGAUGAUGCUCAUCAACGACAUUCUAGACCACCAAGCUGAAGUGGCCGAGCUUUUGGACAUCUCCAUUACGAAGAUUGAUCCACCAAUCCCUCCAAAGUCCCUCCUUACGCUUGAGUCUCAAGGGAUGUUCACCUUGCCUUGCUACCUUGGGAUUGAGAGCAUGGAGCCAAACACAUCUUCCCUACAGUUUGGAGAUUCCUCUUCUACAACUCCUAUUGGUCUCAUCAAGGACUUCACUUUGAAGAUUGGAGCAUGCACCAUUCCUAUAGACGUCACUGUUCUGAAGAUGGCAACUGAGAAGAGAGUCCCAUUGAUCCUUGGCACUCCAUUCCUUACAACAGUAGGAGCUUGCAUAGACUUUUCCAACAAGAAGGUCACACUUGUAAAUGUGAACAAAGAUGUCUCCUAUCCACUACAAUCACCAAAGAUGAUUGCUGAGUACUGUGGAAGAAUCACUUGUGGAGCAUCCUCCAUUGAGAAGACCAAGGCUGAAGGGGAGGAGGUGAGUAGAGCCACAAAGGCUGCUCAUGGCAAAAAGAAGAUGAUGAAAGAACAUUACCCUCCACCUCUUGAUAUAAUGCCACACACUCUUACUCUUCACCCAAUGAAGUUCAAGGAUGGAGCUAUUGAGUACAAGAUCAAAUGCAAGAGAAAGUCUACACCAUUCUCAAGUGCAAAAGCCAUCAUCACUUCACCGCUCCAAGAUGAUCCAAUCAAGCUUCAAGAGCUUCUCUCUCAAGUCCUCACCAUCACUCUUGAAGGUGGGAAAGAUCCUCCUGUUGAUUAG